GUGACAGGAUUUGAUGUCAGUCUAAGUUAACUACGCUUCCUCUUAAACUGGAUAAUUUAAGUCCCCACGCCUCCCAUUUUGGCUCUUUCUCCCCGCACACAGUAAAGUUUGGUACUGCCUCGGCAGUCUCUAAAGUAUCGCUCUUCACUGUAAAGACAGAAUGACUGGAGGACUUAAGGACGAGGGAACGGAGGACUGAGAAUCAAGUGUGAAAUUCAGUGCAGGCUGUGGACACGCCGAAGGUGGUCGUUGUGGACGGGGAGGAGAAUUUUGUAGUGCCCCCUUGUGGAAUACGUGCACUCGCCGUUCAUCAGGAAACAAGGGAAUAUUUACAAACCAAACAACAAAAGUAUGGAUGACGACAGUGUUCACGAGAAGACAUUUGAAGAUGUUCACACGAAGGAAAUCGACCUGGUCAAUCGGGACCCCAAGCACUUAAAUGACGAUGUCGUAAAGGUGGACUUCGAGGACGUGAUCGCAGAGCCCCCGGGCACGUACAGCUUCGACGGCAUCUGGAAGGCCAGCUUCACCACCUUCACCGUCACCAAGUACUGGUUCUACCGGCUGCUGACGGCGCUGGUGGGCAUCCCGCUGGCCCUGGUGUGGGGCAUCUUCUUCGCCAUCCUCUCCUUCCUGCACAUCUGGGCCGUGGUGCCCUGCAUCAAGAGCUACCUGAUCGAGAUCCACUGCCUGAGCCGGGUGUACUCCAUCUGCAUCCACACCUUCUGCGACCCCUUCUUCGAGGCUGUGGGCAAGUGCUUCAGCAGCGUACGCCUGCGCCUCACCAAGGAGGUGUAG